UGCAAGAAACGACAUCGUGCGUUGCGUCAGUUGAGGACUCUCUCUAUAUUCUAGAGACAAUAACAGGAGGAUAACAAAGAGGAAUGGAGGAAGCCAAAGGAGUGGUGAAGCACGUGUUGCUUGCAAAGUUCAAAGAUGAAAUCCCAACUCAUGAGAUCGACAAACUAAUUAAGGGCUACGCCAAUCUCGUCAAUCUAAUUCCACCCAUGAAAGCUUUCCACUGGGGCUCGGAUGUGAGUAUUGAGAACCUGCAUCAGGGAUUCACUCAUGUGUUUGAAUCUAGCUUUGAGAGUACUGAAGAUAUUGCCGAAUAUAUAUCUCAUCCUGCUCAUGUUGAAUUUGCCAAUUUAUUCUUGCGUGCCGUAGACAAGGUCAUUGUCAUUGACUACAAGCCCACUAUUGUUCACCUCUAGACUUUCUAGUUCUUGAGUUCAUCUGUCAUCUCUGGGAUUGGAAGGUUUCGAUUUCUUACAGCAACCACAAGUACCUGUAAUUAUGAACAAAAAGCACCGGAAAGAAUUCAACCUUGAUGGGAAGAGACGGAUGCAGACAUGUAAGUUUUCUGUGUAGUAGGUACCUGUGCAAUCCGAAGGAAGGGGCUUCCUUUGGGUUUAUUAUUUCGAUACAAGGACUUCCCCAUGCACAAGAAGAUUAUAGCAAAUAAAACUGCUAUUGUACACACACCAAAUGACAGAUCCCAACCUUGGUUGGUACUUAUCCAUACAAGAAAAGUGACUCCAAAUAUACCUCCAAUUGUAAGGCUAAACAAGAACCAGUUGAAAAAGCUAGACAACUGAGCUGCUUCCUUUGGGUCAUUUUCAUCGAAUUGGUCAGCUCCCAUGGAUGGCAAAGAAGAUUUGACCCCACUUGUACCAAGUGCAAUAAGGUAGACACCAAUGUAAAGAAUUGCCUCUUGGCUACUAGUUGCAGCAUCGCAUUGAUUCGUCUGGUCUGGUGCAACACCUUUGCAAGGCACCGGCCUUAGCUGGUGGAAGUGUGCUUGAACUGUUAGGAGGCCAUAUCCCUGGAAAUAUUGGAUCAAAUAGGUCCUCAUGGUUAGAUUCUAAGAGCUAGAUCAGAAGUGUUAUAUUUUGACAGUGAAUAUCAAUAUGUAGAACCUAGAAUUUACUAAUUGAGUCGAUGUACUCGGGAUAAUAAUGGUACUUUAUUAAUAGUCUCUUAUCAAUUAACGGAUUCGUUUAA